UAAUAGCGAACACCAAACCCUAGACGGCAAAUAAACAAGUAAAGCUCUUCCAGGUCGCAGCAGUAAGAACCAAAAAUGGUGAAGUUCUUGAAGCCCAACAAAGCCGUGAUCCUCCUGCAGGGGCGCUACGCAGGGCGCAAAGCCGUGAUCGUGAGAUCCUUCGACGAUGGAACACGUGACCGUCCCUAUGGGCAUUGCCUUGUCGCUGGCAUAUCAAAGUACCCAGCAAAAGUGAUCAAGAAAGACUCUGCCAAGAAGACAGCAAAGAAAUCUCGUGUGAAGGCAUUUAUGAAGGUAGUUAACUACAGCCAUCUGAUGCCAACAAGAUACACACUUGAUGUUGAUUUGAAGGAUGUGGCGACUCCCGAUGCUUUGGUUACUAAGGAUAAGAAGGUUACUGCCGCAAAAGAGAUCAAGAAAAGGCUCGAGGACAGGUUCAAGACUGGAAAAAAUCGUUGGUUCUUUUCCAAGCUCAGGUUUUAAAGAUCGAUUACGGGAUUACUGCUAUCGCAUGUUUUUUUAUUUAAGUGAAGCUUCUCUGUCUGCUUUAAACAUAUGGCAAUUUUGUUAUGUUGACUCUCGUCUUUAUUGUAGUUUGAUUUAAAUGGAUAUGAAGGUUAGCCUUAUUAAUUUGGUUUUA